AGUACUCAGGUUAAUUCUAAUAGUCUACAUCUAUCAAUAGCAGCAAAAAGAUAUUCCUAAAUUACAUAUUUACCGUUUGCUUUUUCACCAAGAAUUUAUUAAUAUAGCUUGUAAGUAAAUAAAUAAAGCCUAUAAAAAUCAAUCAAUCAAUUAGUUAAAAAUAGAUAAUUGUGGUGUUUUGUGAGAAAAAAAAUGUAUUUUUAUAUGUUCUUUAAACUACAAAACUUGAAGGUUGAUUGCAUUAUUGUGUUCUUAACAUUCUAUAGUAAUUUGCUUUUGAUAUGAAAGAAGAGAGAAAAUAAAUGUUAAUUACGUUUUUUUCAAAGGAAGUAAGAGAUUGUUCAUGUGUUCAUGUCAGUAUGAAGUAAGUACUAAUGACGUAGCAAAAUCAAACGAAACGAGGAAGUAAAUUAAUAAUGAUAUUAAUAAGACUAAUCUUCGUACUAAUAUUAUAAAAAGCAUGAUUUGAAAUGAUUGAAAAUGAAUUAAAGAUAAAAUUAAAGAAUUAUGAAAAAUGGAAAAUUUACAAGAGCAAGAGAGGGGGAAUUCUAAGGAAUGAAUUAGGAAUAUCUUUCUUUAAGGAGAGAAGAGAGAGACGUUUUUAAAGAGUUGAAUAAUAAAUAUAAUUAACUUAUUGGCUUUGUUAAAAUUUUAAAUACUUAUGAAUUUUUGAAAAGUGGGAGGGUUGCAUUUGAAUGGAUAUAUUUCAUAAAUUCAAUUAUAUAAUUAUAUAAUAAGGGAAUAUUUGCAUUAUUGAAUCUUAUAAAAAUAUAUUAAACAGAGAUAAUCUACUUAAAUAUGUCAUGCUAAAGAGAAAAUUCAUAAAAUAGUUCCAUCUAAAGGAUUUCUCUCUUUUUUCUUUUUUACAGGAAAAUGCCUUCGAUAAAGUGUAUGGAAUCAACUUGCGAAUAUUGUUCUCUUCUUAUUGAAACUGAUAAAUGGCCUAUUUACGAUUCAAUAGGUUACGUUCACAUAAAACAAACUCUACUGUGUAGUACCGUUAAUAUAGCUUUCGUUUAUAUUUGUAAAAAGUGUAUAAACAAAAUUGCUAGUUAUACCGAUAGAUCAAUUAGAGAACUAUUGAAAGAAUUAAUUUUAGAUUCAAAAUCGAAAUCGCCAGUAACUGCUAUAGGACGUCACAUUAAAAAGUGCGGACAUGAGAAUAUUUCAAUAUUGCCUAUUUAUAAAUUUAAUAAAAACGAAACUGAAAAGGAUGAAAUUCUUAAAUGGAUUGCGGCGACAUUAUCUGAAAAUGCUGCAAAAUUCUUUCAUAGCGAAGAACGACGCAAAGCCAUAAAUGUACUUGAGCCUAUUAAUAUUGAAAUUCAAUUUGGUUUGUCAACUUUUUACGCAAUUAUAAGGGAAAAAGCUAUAGCUUGCGAAACGUUUGCAACUUAUUCGUCUAAUUCGAAAUCGGAGAAUAAAUCUACCGAAACUGAUUCAGAUAAUCAAGAAGACGCAAUAAGAGUUUUGAAAGACGAAAUAAAACGUUUAAAGAAUGUUAUCAAAGAGCAAACAGAAAAACCAAAACUUCCCGAUUAUGGAAAGCCAUUAAUUCAUUUAUUCGACGGCAAAAAUACCCAUAAUCUAUUUGUAAUGAAAACUUUUAAUGAAAGAUUGUAUAUGGAGGAUACAUUGAAGAGUUUAAAGAGAAACUUUUCAAAGAGAUCACCGCAAAAAGAGGUUGAAUAUAGUGAAACGGCUAAUAAACAUUAUUAUCAUUAUAUAUAUUAA